AUGGUCAACCUCCGCACGCAGAAGCGCCUUGCGGCCUCCGUUGUCGGCUGCGGCAAGCGCAAGAUCUGGCUCGACCCCAACGAGACCAGCGAGAUUGCCAACGCCAACUCUCGCCAGACCAUCCGCAAGCUCGUCCAGGAUGGCCUCAUCAUCCGCAAGCCCGUCACCAUGCACUCGCGCGCCCGUGCCCGUGAGCUGAACGCCGCCCGUCGCAUUGGUCGUCACCGUGGUUUCGGUAAGAGGAAGGGUACCGCCGACGCCCGUAUGCCCAGCCAAAUCCUCUGGAUGCGCCGUCUCCGUGUCCUCCGCCGUCUAUUGGUCAAGUACCGUGCCGCUGGAAAGAUCGACAAGCACCUCUACCACGAGCUGUACCACCUCUCCAAGGGUAACACCUUCAAGCACAAGCGUGCCCUCGUUGAGCACAUCCACAAGGCCAAGGCUGAGAAGGCCCGCGACCGGGCCAUCAAGGAGGAGAUGGAUGCCAAGCGUGCGAAGACUAAGGCCGCGAGGGAGAGGAGGCAGGAGCGUGUGCAGCAGAAGCGCGCUGCUCAGCUGGGCGACGAGGAGUAA